AUGGCACUUUAUACCUCUCUUCUUGAAACCCAAGAUCCAGCAGAGAGAAAGGUCAUCCUCCCAAUUGUCGUGCUGGUGUUGUGGUGCCGCGAUGUGAAGGGAUUCUUCAAGUCAAAGCCCAAGUCGCUACAAAAAGGCUCCUUUGUUCAUCUAACCGUUUUCAUCGAGAUAUUGGGGGCUGGGGUGUUAGUUCACGAAGAUGUCAACAAGCGAGAAAAUGUGGUGAUCAAUUCAAUGGUUGACAAAAAGUCAUCCUACUUAAAAUUCAUGGCAGCAGUGUUGAGGAAGUUGAUGUUGCGAUCGUUAAAGCUACAAAUCAUGUCAAUUGCCCACCCAAAGAGAGACACAUCAGACACUACAACAAAAAUGGCUUUUUAG